CUAACCUCCCGCACAUCACCCGCACUUAUCUCACUUAAAUACACCCCACCACCACCAUCCCGCUUCCCUCAGAUCACCUCACCUGACCUCACCCCAACCAACUCGGCUCGCCAAUGCCCACCACCACCCCGGCCCCGCUCCUCGACACGCCGCCGUUGAACGCCACCGCCAAUGGCGCGUCGCCCGCGGCGAGGCGGAGGAGACGGCUGCUGCUGUGUGCCAACUACGCCGCGCUGCUCGGCGGCUCGGUGGCGUCCAGCCUGCUGUCCCGGUACUACUUCGCGCACGGCGGGCACGACCGGUGGGUGGCCACGCUGGUGCAGUCGGCCGGGUUCCCGGUCCUGCUCGUGCCCGUCUACGCCGGGCGGACGGCCGCGCAGCCCCGGCCGUUCGCGUGGUUCACGCGGCGGCUGCUGGCGGCGUGCGUGGUCAUCGGCGUGCUCAUGGGGGUGAACAACCUGCUCUUCUCCUACAGCUCGUCGUACCUUCCCGUGUCCACCUCGUCGCUGCUGCUGUCCACGCAGCUGGCCUUCACGCUCGUGCUGGCCGCCGUCAUCGUGCGCCACCCGCUCACCUUCUCAAACUUCAAUGCCGUCGUGCUCCUCACGCUCAGCUCCGUGCUGCUCGCGCUGCGGUCGUCCGAUUCGGGCGAGCGCCCCGACGGCGGGAGCAGGGCCAGGUACUUCGUCGGCUUCGCUGUCACGCUCGGCGCCGCGGGGCUGUUCGCCGCCUACCUGCCGGUGAUGGAGUUGGUGUACCGCAGGGCCGUGUCCGGCGGGUUCCGCAUGGCGGUGGAGGUUCAGGUGAUCAUGCAGGCCGCGGCAACCGCGCUGGCGGUGGCCGGGCUGGCCGCGGCAGGCGGGUGGCGGGAGGAGCUAGCGCAGUGGGACCUGUCGCCGGCGGCGUACUGGGCGGUGGUGGCCGCGCUGGUGGUGACGUGGCAGGCCUGCUUCAUGGGCACCGCAGGGAUGGUGUACCUCACGUCAUCGCUCCACAGCGGCGUGUGCAUGACCGCCGUGCUGACCGCCAACGUUAUCGGCGGCGUAGUCGUGUUCCACGAUCCGUUCGGCUCAGAGAAGGCCGUUGCCACGGUGCUCUGCGUCUGGGGCUUCUCCUCCUACUUGUACGGCGAGUACAGCACGCAGCAGAAGCCACAGGAAGGCGACGGCAAGGUGGCCGCCGCGUCCAACGGAGGCGGCGCGCUCAAGAGCGUGACAAGUGGUGACGCGGGAGGAGGAGGAGGUGCAGUUGAAACAGUUUGAGCUAGCCAGCCCUUUUCAUUUCUAGAGCACAUAGUAUAUGUGACAUGGAGAUGUUAAGAGGAGUAGAAUACGGUGGGAGAAGGAUCAUGAACCGUACAAAAUCCAUUGUGUCUAGUUGCACAAUGCAUGGCACAUAAACUUAGGCAUGCAUGGCACAAGAGACCAAUGUUGUGUACAUAUAGGGUUGAACAGUCCAUGGGAGAGAGAGAGAGAGGGGUUGGUGGUUGUGGUUUGUAAGGUUUAAGGUUUUGUGUAAGCAGUGUGGAUGGAUGGAUGGAGUGGUAGGUUAUAUAAAAAUGUUACAAGUACUGCUCCUAUGGUGCAGUACUAUAACCUGGGUUGAUCAACCGGAUCAGCAAUUGCUUUCUUGGAAAAUUGGUUGGAUUAGUACUACGUGCUGGCAGUACAACUAUGACCCGGUCUAAUUUUGUGUUGAGUGGUUUUUCUAGCACAACAAUAAUUUAUAUUCCUGAGUUGUUC